AAGAGAUCACUGCACUCUGUUUAUUUUAAGAUGGAAUCAAAUUUUAACUAGACGUUGACUUAUAUAAAUAAAUAUUAUAUUUAUUUGUAUAUAUUUACAUUUACAUUAUUAAAGAUUUAUAUAUAUGAAUAAUUGACAUAAAUAAAUAAAGGAUAUACCAACAUACAUUUUUUUGAACGUCAUGGUUAGCAAACAUCAACAACGAAGAAUACACUUCUCUAUACCUGAUCAUCCUCAUAAUCUUCACACGCGCAAUGAAGUGAUGAAACCUGCUUAUAUUUUUCGUGAUCGAAUCAAUACUGUAGUCCAGUGGUUUGAUCAAUGGAACGACAUCGAGCAAACGAUAGCUUGCUAUUCUUUACUCAAAAGAUUAGGAUCUACCCAAGCACGUUUCUUGUCGCUUGUGCUGGAACACACAUUUCGAGAUAGUGCUUAUGAGGUUGGCAUUUUUGAAGAAGAAGCCAAUGCCAAAGAAUUUCUUCGAGGGUUAUGUCAUGAAAGUAAAGAAGUCGCAGUUCAACAGCUUCUUCUUCAUCUUCCACUGUUGCAUCCUGGGAAUGACGAAGCUCGCCAUGAGUACUUGAAGUUGCUACCGAAGAUUUUAUCGCAUUCGUUAGAAUAUUCCAUACACGAAGAGGAGUGCAAGCAGCUGUUGUCGCUGGCGUUAGUUCACCCUGCAUUUGUACCUGAAGAACGUAACUCCCUGACAUGGUGGCUUGGCCUGCUUGAAGAUAAAGGUGAAAAGAUGAGACCACCGCCCGGCUUUAAUGCAUCAGCGAUGAAUGCUCACUCGCCACUACACGAGACGAAAUCAGCUUAUGAAUUGGGAUGGGGAAACAGCAAAACUAGCCAUCGACACCAACCCAUCACUAACACUUAUUCUUAUAAAUCGCCAUCACUUCUCAACGGAUGGAAGGGACAACUUGCACAGAGGGACUCUGGAAUCUGCACCUCCUUUGACAACGGUUCUAACGCAUUAGAAUUUCCUGCUAGUAAAGGUGCACGCCACGAAAGCGAUAUUUUAGAGGAAUUAGGACCACGUGCAAUUCGGUCCAGAUCUUUUCCUGCCGACCCUGAACGUCACAUGCCAGUUUCACCCCAGUCCUCCAUAGAUAGCGACGAAGAAAAUGCAUUGCGAAAGAUGAACAGCAUGACAAACCCCAAUGCAAAUCCUGGAAUGAAAGAUGUUCCUAUGUGGCUUAAAAGCUUGCGUCUUCAUAAGUACUCUCACAUUUUCAACGAUUUGACAUACGAGGAAAUGCUGGAACUGAACGAUGAAUACUUGGAACAGAAAGGAGUGACGAAAGGCGCGCGCAAUAAAAUUGUGUUGUGUGUACAAAAAAUCAAGGAAAGAAAGAGCACACUUUUACAACUUGAAAAGGAGGUCUUACAACCAGGGCGACUCCCGUUUGUUUUACAAGAACUAAAAACUAUACUUAUGAGCCCCAUACGGCCGCCAAAAAGUUCCGAACUUAAAGAAAUCGAAGAAGGUAAAGACCCAUCUGCGGAGGAGAACCAAAAAGAGAACGACAGCGAAGAAGAAGACGAGGAAGAAGACCUUCCGUCAGAAAUUUGUCGUGUCAUGGGUAAAGCAUGCACGCAGAUCUUGGUCGUGGCACAGCCAGACGAGGAGUGUUGUCUCACUUACCUCGGUUUAUUAGACCGCGUGUUGUCUCAUGAAGCUUUUUCGCAAGGCGAUAAAAGAAGGCUGCAAUCGUGGAAAGCGCAAUGUCAAAAAUUGGCCAGACAAUUAGCUACAAAUAGAAAACUUGCCGGAAUCGAAAAAGGACCUAAAAAUUGGUAUGAUCCAUUUGGUAAUGGUACAGCCCUGGGUCGUCGACGUUCUACAAACCGCACGAGUUCUUUAAAGGGCGGCUCAAUGAUGCAUAUACCUGGCCCAAGAGCAGGUCCUCUAGUGGCAACCCAAAGCUUGCAUAAGAAGUUAAGCUCGACAAAUAGUUACCAUAACAACAUGAUGAAGGGAGGACAUCAGUCGCUUAGUCGUGCCAAAUCUGCUCCAAUCCGUUCGAAUGUUGUGUUACAACCACCACAGUUAGCUCAACAAGAUCCGGAAGGUCUUGAUAAACGUCUGCAAACACUGUGUGUGAGCAUGACCAACCAUGCAUUGGACGAUUUGUAAAAGUCCAAUCUGAAGUGUCAAUACAUCGGAAUAGUCAUUAGUUUUACGUAGGCUGGAGCCUCGUUGUUGUCCGGAACGACAUCAAGUGUAAUAAAUAAUUAAUUACAAUCAAGUCGAUGCCAGGUGCAGCGUCAUUCUUUAUAUCCAGUGAAAUGAUUUGCUACAUUUAUUCAAAGAAUUCGUUCUUCAUAAGUUUUCACGUUUUUUUAACCAAAAGGACAUUUGUUAUGUUGUAUUAACAGACAGAGCGUUUACUGCUCUCCGUCGUAGAGUAUAUUACGCUUUCUUAGCAGUUUUAUUUUCCAAGGAAAAGUGUUCAAAUUAUUCCGCGUCAUUAUAUUUGUAAUGCUUUAUAUCGUAUGUAUUUUUUGAGCUGCCUGCUCAGUUCUCUGUCUAUUUAUACGGUAAACGAGCUUAAAUCUGUUUAUUUGGACUUUUGCAAGCAUCAAGGGGCUUGUUACUUUUUCCUUUUAAACUUAACUUUCUUUCUUACGUUCAGUCGAGCUACUGCGAAUAUGUGUUUUUCCAAUAGCUUUGUUUCGCAUGCAUUUAUGUAGCUGGUCUGCAUUUUUACAGUGUUACAAAGUAUUUCCUUGUUCACUCUGCCCUAGAGAAUAUACUGUUUAAUUUUAUUAUAUUUCUUUUUGUUCAUUCGUGUUUUGUUGUUUACUUUUUAUGGCGUUCAUCCUUUUUUUCUCAUGUUCCAUUCAGUUGUUGCACUCCUUCGUACUGUAGAGAAGGAGUCGACCUCUUGCUCUGCUGGUUACUUGUGUAUAGUUUGUGGAGAUAUUGAAUGAAUUUUUACGAAGCUUCAGGAUAUAGAAAGCAGAUUACUAUGGUGUUGAUUACCUUAGUGAAAAAAAGUUAUGUUUUAUCACAUUCUGCUUGCCAUGUAUAGUUCUAAAUAACUUGAAGUAAAAGUCAAUUUAAACUUA